UUUUCACAGGACUUUUAGAUAAUAAAAUGUACAGUAUUUUACAUGACACUGACGUCAUUAGCUCGCGACUAGACGUCACAUGGGUUUUGUAAAUACGGUGUGUAAAUAUCACCACAUACUCAUUUAGCUGCAGACACUUCUUUAAAAUACAGCUAGCUAUUUAUUAAGAGUGAACGAUGCAUCGUGUUUUUUGCUCGAGGUGGGUUGUAUCCGGGGUGUCCUUGGCAGUUGGCAUCGGUGUUGGUGCCACCUUGACAUGCGAUCGCCAUAAUAAACCCCAAGACGGUGGACUUCUGGACCGUAUACCGAUCAUCCCGAUACCAAGCGUGAAUGCAGCGUCCGAGAUCAGCCCCUAUCAGCCGGGACAUAUCGCUGUAAAUAAAUCCACCGCUGCGAUGAAGUACGGCUUCCCUUCACUGUCAAACAUCAAGACCAGAGAGUCGUACGUGACCUCGUAUGACCCCAGAAACAGGACUGCAGCGUGGGUGAUAGAGCAACUCAACUCCGAGACUUUAACCGGGACAUCAGACAGAAAGAACUGCAAUUUUAAAGAGGACGAAACAGUUCACGUUUACCAUCGGUCGAACAAUUCGGAUUAUAAAGGAAGCGGGUUUGACAGGGGUCACCUGGCCGCAGCUGCCAAUCACAAAUGGAGUCAGAAAGCAAUGGACGACACCUUCUAUCUGAGCAAUGUGUCACCCCAAAAUCCUCAUCUAAAUCAGAAUGCAUGGAAUAACCUAGAGCAAUACUGUCGCUCGCUCACUAAGCAUUAUCAGAAUGUAUUUGUCUGCACUGGACCACUUUACUUGCCUCGACAAGAGCCCGAUGGGAAAUUGUACGUGAAGUAUCAGGUUGUGGGAAAGAACCAUGUUGCUGUGCCUACUCACUUUUUUAAGGUGGUGAUCCUGGAAAAGCCGAGAGGAGAUAUAGAGCUGCGGUCCUAUGUGAUGCCCAACAUGCCUGUGGAUGAGAAGAUUCCACUGGAACGUUUUCUGGUCCCCAUUGAGAGCAUUGAGAGAGCGUCUGGCCUGCUCUUUGUACCCAACAUCAUGAAGAGAACCAGCAGUCUUAAAGCUAUUACUACAGGGCCGUGAUGAGUUUACAGUCAUUCAAAAAGAAUGUACAGGCAUGAUGCGGUCUAAUAUGAAUGAAAUACCUCAGAGUUCUUAUGUCACUGUCAUAAGACAGCUAAAUACUACUGAGACUGAUCAUAUCGGUUACUGGAAGAGGAUGUCAGCCAUAUCAGUGUCUAAUAGCUGUAAUUUGCUGUAAUAUCUAUAUCCCAUUCAUACCAUUGUUAUAUUUUAGGCUCAACCUAAAGUUUUUUUAAUGAAUAAUUUAUGCAGAGUCAAAACUGAAUGUGAAAAGCAAUUUAAUGUUAAACUGUGAAAUGUUGUUUGUACCUACUGAAAUUUAAAAAGUUAUAUUAGUGUGUUCUUGUUUGGUGACUGUUCACAAAUGAACAAUGUCAAGUAAAAAUCUGUUAAUCAACUGCAUUAUAAUGUACAUACAUAGAUUAUAUAAAUGGCUCGCUUGUCUGUCACAGUAUAUUUUCAUGUAUUAUUAGAACAAAUGUACAUAACAAACAGCAGACUUUCAGGGAGACGAAACGUAUGAAUUUCCAAAAAUGGACUGCAAUGGCGCUCGACGAGCACUAGAGGGCAGUAUGGUACUUAAAGUUUGCGUAUGUGAAUUAUAACUUUGCUUUUAUUUCAUUAUAGAUGUUUUUAAGAGUCAAGCAGCAGUCUGAAUAUUUUUUUCGACUAGGACAAACCCACAGAAAACAUAUUUUUGUGCUGUUCAUGCAUUGUUGCACACACCAACAAACCAAAUUUUAUAAUAGUACCAGAGGGUUUUACUCACAUUUCAAUCCAUCCUUUUGUGGUAAAACCAU